AAAGAGCACUCUGAGCAUCUUAUCUUUUCUCUGCAACUCUGUAAGUUAUGGCGGCACUUGAUUUGGUUUCCACAACCGUCACAAUUAGAUCUUCUGGUUACGAUGUGUUCCUCAACUUCAGGGGAGAAGAUACUCGAAAUAACUUCACUGGAUUCCUUAACUUAGUUCUAAAAGACAAAGGAAUCGAUGUGUUUAUUGAUAGCAAAGAGUUGUGGACCGGAGAAGCCAUUGGCCCAGCAUGCCUUUCAGCAAUUCAGAGGUCCAAAAUAUCCAUCCCUAUCUUCUCUAAAGAUUAUGCAAACAGCAAAUGGUGUCUGCUGGAACUUGCUCAGAUUUUUGAAUGCUACACUUCCGACGAUCAACUGGUCUUGCCCAUAUUCUUCUACGUUGAUCCGUCACAAGUUCGGAACCAAACCGGAAGUUUUGAAGAAGCAUUCAAGGAGCAAGAGAAGAAUUUUGAGCCUCAUAUAGUUGAGAGUUGGAGGAAAGCUUUGAGAGAGAUAGGAAAACUGAAAGGAGAAGUUAUUGACAAAAACAGGGAUCAAGCAAAGAUGGUUGAAUUAGUUGUCAAAAGGGUCCUGGAUGAAUUAGUUAGUAGCACACACUUGGAUGAAUGUAAAUACCCUAUUGGUAUAGACUCCCGUGUAAAAGAUCUACUAUCUUUAUUAAGUAUUGGUUCUAAAGAUGUUCAAAUCAUUGGAAUCUGCGGUUCCCGUGGCAUUGGGAAGACAACCAUUGCUGAGGUUGCCUAUAAUCACAUCCUUUCAAACUUCAACAGGCAUAGUUUUAUUUCAGAUGUCAACAAACAAGCAAUGCAAUGCACGGGUCUUGCGUCUUUGCAGAAGCGACUUCUUAAAGAUAUCUUCAAAGCAGACUUUGACAUAAAUCAUUAUCAUAGAGGGAAAAAAUUGAUUAAACGCAUGCUUUGCAAAGAAAAUGUUCUUCUUGUUCUUGAUGAUGUGGAUAGUAAGGAACAGGUAGAUGCUUUGGCCAAUGAGGUCAAUUGGUUUGGUGAAGGAAGUAGAGUCAUAAUAAUAACCAGAGAUGAACAUAUCUUGAAUGUGGCUAAAGUUGAUAAAGAUAACAUCUAUUGGCCUCAAGUUCUGAACCAUCAGGAAUCUCUUCAACUAUUUAGCUUGCAUGCCUUCUCAAUGGAUGAACCUCCUGAAGAGUAUGUGAAACUUUCACAUGAUAUAGUAUGCUAUUCGGGAGGGUUGCCUUCAAUUCUAGAGGUGUUGGGGUCUUACCUAUUGGAUAUAAGUAACAAAGAAGAGUGGAAAAGUACAUUGCGAAAAUUGAAAGCAGGUAAAACCUCUAUCUCCAGUCUUGCAUCUCUACGUAGGGAGAGAAAGAGCACAUGUCGUAUGAAAGACAAUCCCCUUGGUUGCCGCCCACAACUUAAUGUAACCAUUGGAAUCAGCAACACUGUUGCUAGAGUAUCUCAAGUCCUCGUAGGAUGUCUUGAUCCAAAUGGUUCCAUAGCUACAGAUAAAGUUGGUAAUCAGUUCACAACAGCAAAGAACCAAGAUGAAUUAUCUAAAUUCAUUGGAGGAACUCUGAAUCCAAAUGGCUCCACAGCUACAAAUAGAGUUGGUAAGCCGCUCACAACAGCAAAGAAUCAAGAUGAAUUACCCAAACUCACUGGAGGAUCUUUGAAUCCACAUGGCUCCACAGCUAGAGAUAGACUUGUUAAGGGGUUCAUAACAGCGAAGGACCACGAUGAAUUAGUUAAAUUAUUCAGCCAAAAAAACAAAGAUGAAUUAGCUAAAUACGCUAUAGGAUCUCUGAAUCCAAAUGGCUCCACAGCUAUUGAUAGUGAUGAUAAAAAGCGGUUCAAAUUAGCAGAGAUCCGAACUGCAACAAGGAAUUUUAAUAAAUCGAUGGUGAUUGGAGUUGGUGGCUUUGGAACAGUUUACAAGGGUGUACUAGAUGAUGGCACUCUAGCAGCAUUCAAGCGUUGCCAUCAUCCACAAUCUAGAAAUGGAGGCCUGGCAGAAUUUGUAACAGAGAUUAAGAUUCUACAGAAGCUCAAACAUAGACAUGUGAUUUCCAUGAUUGGGUUCUGCGAGGAAAAGAAAGAGCUGGUUUUGGUGUAUGAGUAUAUGGGAAAUGAGAAUCUGGGGAAGCAUCUCUUUGGCCAGAGUGAUCUCCCAGCAUUGACAUGGAAGCAGAGGUUAGAGAUUUGCAUAGGCGUUGCACGUGGGCUCCACUACCUCCAAACAUGGGGGAAAAGUGGUAUAGUCCAUAGGGAUGUUAAGACAGCCAACAUACUAUUGGAUGAGAACUUUGUAGCGAAGAUAUCUGAUUUUGGAAUAUCAAGAAAAGGUCCAGCAUUCGAUGACACCUUUGUUACAAAUCAUGUAAUAGGAACCUAUGGAUAUAUGGCUCCAGAAUACAUAAUGCGUGGGGCAUUUAGUCUAAAAUCUGAUGUUUUCUCUUUUGGUGUAGUACUGUUUGAGGUUGUUAGCGGUCGAUCACGCUUUCAACAAGGUUCAGAGGUCAACAAUAUUACAGAAUUGGCACUUCAGUUGCAUAAAAGGAGAUCACUUGAAACCAUUGUGGACCAACGGAUUGUAGGGAAUUACUCUCCCAAAUCAUUGAAGAAAUAUGGGAAGAUCAUAAAGGAAUGCCUUGCCAAGGAGGAUAUGACCCGACCCACAAUGGGGCAAGUGUUGCGGGAUUUGGAGUUUGUCUUGCAGCUGCAUGAAGCUUGGUUAAUAAGCAGUACUACUACUGCUGGGGAAGAAGAUGAUUCCAACAGCUCCUCAUCUGAUGGUACAGUGGAUUAA